AUGACUGAUACAUCAAAUAUUUCUGACUUUAAAAGCUUAAUUAUGAAUUCCGUUAGCAGAUCAUUAAAUACUAUAUUCUUGAGCAAAGCUGCUUUCUGCUAAACCAAGCAAAAAUUAAAUCCCUUAGUUUUAUCUGGUGCUUCUGGAGCAGGAAAAGGAACACUUUAUGGGAUGCUUAAAAGUAGAAACCCUAAUUUAUUUGACUUAAGUGUUAGUUGCACCACUAGAAAACCCAGACCUGGUGAAGCUCAUGGAGUUCAUUAUUACUUCAUUAACCAUGAAGAAUUUUAAAAGGAAAUUGACUAAGAUAACUUUGCAGAACACUGUUUAGUACAUGGCAAUUUUUAUGGUACUUUACAAAAACAAGUUUUUUCAUUUAUGGAUAAAGGAAAAAUAUGUGUACUUGAUAUUGAUGUUUAAGGAGCUGAAAAAGUACACAAAAAAUUCCCUAGCUGGAAUUACGUAUUUAUCAAUGUACCAUCAUUGAAAAUCUUAGAAUAAAGAUUGAGAGGAAGAGGUACUGAAACUGAGCAAUAAAUUUAAACUAGAUUAACUAAUGCAGUAAAAGAAAUAGAUUCUAAAAAUAAACUAGGUUUCUAUCAUGAAAUUCUUAAUGACACAUAAGAUCAGGCAUAUAACGAUUUAACAACUUAUCUUAAAAAAUAAUAUCCUGGUGUUCCUAUAAACUGA